UAUAAUAGUUUGGUAUUUACUGUGAACCCAAUUGCGGUCGUACCGCAUGUUUUUUAAUUUUUGUUGCUUUAAAAUCUGGAGAAGCGUUUGCGUUGCGAAAUGGAUGUGGAUAAGAUCUGCCUGACCUGCCUAGGCUCGACGGGACCCUUUCUGUCCAUUUACGACGGGGGAUCGGGCAGCUGCCUGGCAGACAUGAUCAGGGAUUUCACUAAAACCAAGCCUCGCCGCCAAGAUAAUCUUCCCGAGAAAGUGUGCAUAAGUUGCUUGGGUGAAGUCAAUCGAUGCUACACCUUCAAGAUCAAGUGUGAGAACUCCAGCCGCACCCUGCGCCAAUUGCUACCGAAUGCCUUGCCCGAGGAGCCCGAAAACAAGGUGCCCAUAAGUUGUCCAGUGGUCACGGCGGACCAGGCUGUGCAGACCAUUAGCUGGGAACCCAGCAGAUGCACAGCUAGCGUGCAAACAGAUGCGGUGACCACCACAGAUGCUGAACAGAGCACCUGCCUGAUCAAGGCAGCGAGUUCAGUGGAUCUGGACUACGACGGCGAGGGAGAGGUCUUCGACUACGAGCUGCCGGAUGAGCCCGUAGAGAGGACCACCAACCUCAUCCUACAUGUCCAGGGCAACUUGAAGGACGAAAAGGAAGUGGUAUUCACGCAAACCAGUGUCAUUUACGAGGGCGAUGACAACGAGCUGGAGCAGCAGAUAAGGGAGUGUAACCUGGACAUUUUCGAAGAAGUCGACAACGAGGCGGAGGUAAUCACAGUACCCGCUCCACAGGUUACCACCAGAAAGAGCGCCGCCAAACUCCUGACGCAGCAACAGAAUGAGAAGGAGGAGGACCCUGUGGAUCCCAAGAAGCAAGAUGAGGAUGUACAACUUGCUCUGCCGAUAAAGAGAUCCUCCCGCCGGCGGGCAGUGGUAAAGCAUGAUGUGCAGGCCACGUCUUCGGCAGAAGCAUCUUCGCUCUCCAAGCCGCUUCGGUUGGGAACCAACCGCAAAACUUUAAAUGCAGUCGGGGGACCAAUUACAGUGGCCGUUAGCACUGCAAGUACAGCAGCAAGUGCAGCCUUGACAACUGAGCUUAAGUACCACUGCGAUCACUGCAAUGCGGGCUUUGCGCUAGAAAAAUCCUUGAUGAUUCAUAGACGCCAAAAAGGCUGCAUAAACCGCAACUUUAAGUGCAACGAGUGCGAAAAGGUCUUCGUGUCUCCGGAUCACCUGGCUGAGCACCAAGCCAACCAUAGCGCACACAACUGCCCGGAGUGUGGGAUGCAGUGUGAUUCCAAGGAGCAGCUGAGCAAGCAUAUGGUGCAGGGGCACAAACGGAAUCUGCGCAAUCAGUGUACGGUCUGUCAGAAAGUAUUCACCAUGCUAUCCACUCUACGUGACCACAUGCGCAUUCACACCGGCGAGAAACCGUUUGUGUGCAAUAUCUGCGGGAAGAGCUUCACCCAGAACGCCAACCUUCGCCAGCACAAAUUGCGGCACUCGGAGACUAAAAGCUUCAAGUGCGAAUUGUGUCCGCACUCGUUCGUGACCAAGGCGGAGCUUGCCUCUCACGCCCGCACCCACACCGGCGACAAGCCCUUUGAGUGCGAAGUGUGCUUGGCCAGGUUUACCACCAGUUGUUCCCUAGCCAAGCACAAAAGGAAGCACACUGGCGAGCGGCCAUACGCCUGCGAUCUGUGCCCCAUGAGGUUCACCGCUUUAAAUGUACUAAAGAACCACCGCAGGACGCACACGGGUGAACGGCCGUACGUCUGCCCCUUCUGCGCGAAGACCUUCACGCAACGGGGCGACUGCCAGAUGCAUCAGCGCACCCACCAGGGCGAUCGAAUUUACAUUUGUCCGGUGUGCAGUGAGGAGUUCAAGUCGAUGCCCGAUAUGAGAUCUCAUUUGGCCGGCCACGAGCAGCACGACAAGCGCUUAGUGCACUUCACAUUUCUCAGCAACAAGGAAAACGGUAGCGGAGCCCUCAAGGAAGAUCUCAAUGAGAUUACUGAGUCUGCGAUGAUGCUUUAAGUUAUGUUUGGAAGUGUACAAAGUCGGUCGUUAUUUACGCCGAUUUGCACAAAUGAUUAUAUUCUAGGUCCAUUUACUUUCCCUAUGUCUGAAUUGCCUUUCAAACAAGACAGCACCUGAAAAAUGAUUACCCUUUCAGAUUAGCAAGACUCAUCUACUUUACAUUUCCGUCUACUUUUCCCCUUGGGAACACUGUUUAUGACAAAAUUCACAACUUUAGAACAUCUUUAGUCUUAACUUAGUCGCUAGGUCGUAGAUAAAAAUAAAAGCUUAAGUGGUA